AUGGAUGAACCCAUGUCUUUGAAAGUGGCUCUAGCUUCAAUAGUGGUAUCCAGCGUGGAUGGCAUCUUAAUCCAUAUUACAAUGGAAAUUCAGUUAGUAACCUUUUGGGGUAUUUUUGCCCUUAAUCACUCUUCUAGUUCCACAAGCUCUAAUUUCUUUGUGCCAUUUAGAAAUGGGGACCUUCUUAGUGGAAUUGGGAACAAUAAUGUGAAUUGGGGAAACCCUCAUCAUGUGCCUACUCUAGGUGCCAAUAAUUGCUCAUUUCUUUGUACUAGAAACUUUGGUUAUGGGUCCAAUGAAAGCAACUUUGGUCAAGGUUCCAAUGUUUAUGGAAGGAAUGUUGGAUCAAGUGGUGUCAGUAACUUAAACCAAUCAACCAAUGGGUAUGCAAGGAACUUUGGAGAUUCAUCAAUAGGUGGUGGCUCCAUCUAUGGAGACACAACUUCGACAUCGUGGAUCUUUUGA